GAGACUUCUGGGAAGCAAGAACUUCUCAUCCUCAGCAAAAUAUUGACUGUAUCUUUCCAUAGCAAUGGAGAAAGAGCUGCUCAUCGGAGAUGAAAGCCACACAAGCUACGGAACUGAUCACCUCCACGCCCCAAGAGUUGCACAAGAUGCAUCUAGUGAUUCAUCUCCCUUUGAAGGAGCCUCUGCACCCCCUUAUGAGCUGUUGGACAACAGACCUAUAGAUGAAGAGGAAGAUUCUGGAAAAGAAGUCUUGUGUGGUUCAUCUGAUCAACUGCCCCAUGAAGAACAUGAGGGACUUCAUUCACAUCUAACAGAACGGAACAUCCUCUCUGUUUCUGAGUAUGACGUUAAGGAAGCCUUGCUUCGCUUUGCAGCCAGCAAGUGUUGCUAUAGGACUGCCCCGGCAAAGGGCAUGAAUCUCCAGAAACUCACUCCUCUCAACACAUAUAGAUAUCGUCUGGAGACUUUCACUGAAACUAGAGAAACGUACUCGGCCAGUGGGAUUUAUAAUGGUGGAUUUGUGGACUCUCCUGCUGUUGCACCACCACCUGCCCCAUGGGAAAUAAUGGUGGAUCCACCACCUCUGUUUACAGACUGUGAAAUGCAUCUUCCAAUACCCCACUCCUAUUCAGUAGAGAACUGUCCGAACUGUAAAGGACGGGGUGCAAUUAUGUGUCAGUCUUGCAAGGGAGCUGGCAAGAAAAAAUGUUCGGCUUGUGAUGGUACAGGGACAAAUACACAAGAAGAUUACAAUGUCUGCUCAUGGUGUGCAGGCACAGGAGACAAUCGUUGCUCCAGUUGUCGUAGCAAUGGGUGGUUGAAGUGUCGCCGUUGCAUCGGGAGUGGCAUAUUGCUCUUUCAUACUGAACUUACAAUCACUUGGAAGAACAAUGUUUUAGAACGCAUAGCAGACAUAGAUUCUGGACUUCCGAAUCACCAUUUUAAGGAUGUGGCUGGGAAAGAAAUACUUAGUGAUGAACAUUUCUCGGUAUAUCCUAUUGUUGAUUUUCCAGAGCCAUCAAUUGAUGAUUAUUCAAGAGCGUGCAUUGAGCAGCACAAAAUACAGUUUGCCUCUGGAAGUUUGCAUCGAAUCCUAAAACAGAAACAAGCAAUUGAAUUGUUGCCGGUCACAAAGGCUGAAUAUGAAUGGAAAGGGAAACUCUAUUCCUUCUAUGUUUUUGGAAACGAGAAUCAAGUAUAUACUAAAGACUACCCAGGAAAGUGCUGCUGCUCUCUCAUGUAACCCAGGGCAGUCUCUGUGAUGUUCAGCUACCAAGCCACACAACUGCUCCCCAGUAUUUCUUCUCCACAGCAUCUCACAGGAUUUCUCCAUGCUCAAUGACUUUGUUCUCAGGAUGAUAUUAUUUAGGGACCCAUCCAUAAGUAUACGUGGUUGGCGUUGUUCCUGGGUGCUAUUCCUGCAGAUCAGACAUUUGUCUCUAACACACAGCUGCAUCAGCCGAGCUUUUGGACUAGGGACGUAAUGGAAACCAGUUGCCAUAAUGCACCUUGAGUCCCUGUGCUACCACAUUAUAGCGCAGAAGAUUUCAUUCAAAGAUUUGGGUUUGGUUUUCUCUGGUCAUGCAACAGGAGACAUCACGGUGAUUAUCCUAUAAGUUCCUUAAGGAAGUGUCAUCUACUCAGAAUGGGAUUAAUUUAUCCCAGGUUGGACAUCGUCUUUUACAAGCCUCUGUGAUUUACAUUCCUCUUUGGGCAAAGUUCAAAAGUCUUCUAUCUCAAAUGCAGGGCCUUCCUAAGUAGGGAAGUUAAUGGGGGAGGGAGGAUUG